AUGUACCACCACUAUCACGCUUUUCAGGGCAGAAAACUUACUGAGCAGGAGAGAGCUCGCGUGCUAGAGUUCCAGGACUCCAUACACUACUCUCCGCGGUACUCGGACGAUAAUUAUGAAUACCGGCACGUGAUGCUUCCAAAGGCUAUGCUCAAGGUCAUUCCUUCCGAUUACUUCAAUUCGGAAGUGGGGACCCUGCGUAUUUUGACGGAAGACGAAUGGAGAGGUCUGGGCAUUACCCAGUCUCUGGGAUGGGAACACUACGAGUGCCAUGCGCCAGAACCGCACAUUCUGCUGUUCAAAAGACCGCUAAACUACGAGGCGGAACUGAGGGCAGCCACUGCUGCUGCUCAGCAACAACAACAACAGCAGCAACAACAACAGCAGCAAACGCAAUCGAUUUCGAACGAUAUGCAGAUUCCUCCGCAAAUAUCCUAG